GUUUUGCAUUCUAUAAAUAAAACCAUAUAUGAAACUUUCUUUUUCUCUAUCCUAUCUUAUCUUGUGAACAAUCGUAGUAUUAUGGCGUCUCAACAACAAAACCGUGAAGAACUUGAGGAGAGGGCAAGGCUUGGUGAAACUGUUAUUCCUGGUGGCACAGGUGGAAAGAGUCUUGAAGCUCAACAACACCUUGCUGAAGGAAGGAGUCGUGGAGGGCAGACAAGGAAGCAGCAGUUAGGGUCAGAAGGAUAUCAAGAGAUGGGAACAAAAGGAGGGCAGACAAGGAAAGAGCAGAUGGGGAGAGAAGGGUAUCAAGAAAUGGGCCGUAAAGGAGGACUCAGUACUAUGGAUAAGUCUGGUGAACAACGUGCUGCUGAGGAAGGAAUAGACAUUGAUGAAUCCAAGUUUAGGAAUGACUAGAAGAAAGAAGAAGAAAACAUGUUUUGAGUUCUGGUGUUCUGUUUUACUUAUCAUGUUGUUUGUUAAUACCAAUAAGUUGUGGUGUAUGAAGUGCUAAAAUGCCAAUGGCUUGUCUUUUGGUUUAUGUAAUGGAUGUUUUCUUAUCUUUAAA